UCUUCUUAUUAUGGUUGAGCGCUCGGGUUGUUGGGUUGCACGCAUGCUUAUUGUUGUGUACUCCAUACUGUGUGUGCGAGCUCUUUUACCACUGCACUGGAAUAGUACACUACUGUACCAAUUAUAUUGACGUAGGUCUCAUUCAAUUUUUUUUUCGAGCACAGGGAUUUCCCUUUCUUGGAGGGGGAUCCGUUGUUUUUUGUCACUGAAGGAUGCGGAAGUAAGCUUCGACAAUGGAAGUGGCUGCUUAACUUUCUCUUCAAGAGAUCAGAACUCCUGAAUCUACUGAAAGUUUAGGACAGAAGUGACGGUAUAAACGUCGCCAGAUUUGGAGGAGUGCGUCUGUUCAACAUCGGUGAGGCCACUAAAGUAAAUUUUUUUUUAUCAACGAUUGAUACUUGAGACGCUAUGAUUAACCUGUGAAAAUUCAGCUGGGGAGCCAACACCUUAUCGCUCGUAGAAAAUUAUUGGCAACCUCGUCGUGGAAAACUGGUUGGAAUAGAAUUGGAGGAAAGUGAAAGGUCGGGUAUACCUGGGGCAACGAUGGAGGAGGUAGACUAUAAGAGGGUCCGGGAGGUCAUGUGGACGGAUAAAACGUUCAGACUCCAGGAGCUACCAGCCUACUUCGGGUUCCCUCUCCUUAUCAGGGUUGUCAAGGGAUCUGAUGAUAUGGAGCACAAGGAAAAGUUUGCGAAAGGAGAGAUUCUACGAAUAGAUGGGGAGGAGAGGCAGAGGAGAGUGAUUGCGACCGACUCCAAAGGAAGGCACUGGAGCUUCCCCGUUCAUAUUGGUGCUAAGUUUGACGUCAAAAGCAAGAAAGAAAAGCGCAAAUCGAUGUACAUGAGCGAGAUCGUGGAAGCGGAGAAACUUCCCAAGAAGUUCUGUUUCGCUAAGAAGGAUGACAUGCAGAUUAAGAUUACGGGCGAGGAGCAUUCUGGACCACUGAUAGAGGGCGACUUCAAGACCAAGGAAGUGACCCGGGUCAGGAUCUUCAAGGCAAACAGGAUAACUGACGGUGAUAUAACGCUCAAAGUGGUGUUCCUGCCUGCCUACAUGGAUGUCGAGGUUGUCAUAGCAACCAAAUUGGCUUGUGAACCAGAUGCAUAUUGGGACGACUACAUGGACGCCAUGACACGCGACAUCAACAAGAAGGUCAACUUGAACAUGUACAGGGGUAAAUCAGAUAUUCAAAUCUACGAGUUUUCUGAGAAAACGAAGAAAUCCAAGGCGAAGGCAGCAUGUCCGUACGAGGAGCAAGCACCGAGCAAGAUCGUGUCCAUCGGGAGCAUCAUCAAGCAAAGGCCAUCCAGUACCAAAACAAGGACACCUUCUAGGACGCCCUCUACGUCAUCAGGAGGACGGAAUCCAAACAUGAGCACGUUCAACACUCCGGAAGCCGAUCCCGAGCCAGAGGAACCUAAACGCGCAGUAAAGGAUAUCCUCACCGAUCUACAGGACAAGAAUGAAUCCGAACUGACGGAAGAAGAGGUUCGGGUUGCUCGGCACCGGCGGAUGUUACUCGCCAUGCUUGCGAGAGAGGACGAAGAAGAGCAGGAGCAGAGGCGAUCACAGAUCAUCCCGGAUGGAGCCACGUUCGAAGGUGAUGAGGUUGAUGGUGCCGGUGGUACCAACGAUGGCGAUGAUCAGGAUGAUAACGAUGAUAAAGACGUUGAGAACGACGACGACGAUGAUGAUGACGAUGAUGACGAUGAUGAUGACCGUGACGUUGAGUCAGUGGACGCGAGAGGAGAAGGAGAUGGUGAUGUUUUAGAUGAGGUCAGGAGACCUCGUUCGCCAGGUGAUGGCUCAACCUAUUCUGCAGAGUCAGAAAACAACGAAUCCGUCUUUGUCGAUACCCCUCCAGAACCCGUUCGACAAAGGCCUCGCAUUCCCACACGUCGUACUCCUGGUCUAAGUUACGAUCACAGUCUCUCAUCAACAAACGCUCAACCUCUUGAUCAGGAGGUCAACAAGCCCACUAAGAAAUCCCCACCACCGAUUCCAGUUAAACCAAAGCCAGCUCUACCUGCAGGACAGAAACCACCAAUCUCACCGAACAAACCAGUUGUAUCACCGCGUGAGCCCGCCCUCAACCAUCCAGUAGUUCCACACGUUUCGACUAAGAUCAGUCAAGCCCGAGUCGUUAGCGCUUCAGACCCCGCUCGGUUUGCGACCAUUCAAGACUUUCCUGAGGACCUUCGUGGCCUGACGAUUGAUGAUAUAUGCAAAGCCUUGGAAUUCUUAAGCCUUGAUAAAUAUAAAGGACAGAUCAGGGACAACAAGAUCGAUGGUGAGAUGGCGUCAGAUCUGUCCGAAGACAUGCUGAAAUCAGACCUUGGUCUUAGCGGUCUUGAAGCAAAGAAAUUGCAUAAAUUCAUUCAUCAUAACUGGAGGCCAGUGUGAUGGAAUCUUUCCCCUGAAACGUCUCAACUCAAAUUGUUUAAUUUUGUGAAGGGUUUUAUUAUGAUGUCAUCAUACUUAUGUGUUGUGUCAUUUAAUAUGAUCUCUGACUGUUGAAAUGUGUUUGAAUAAGUAAACCAAGUUGAAUAGUAUUUUGGUCUACAGUGCAUAAUCAUGAUAUAACCACCGUUAUAAUCCAGAUAGGGGUCAGUUAAUCGCCAAACGGAAAGGAAGGAAAUAUCGACGUAUGUUAUGAUGUGAGUAUUUGUUGUUAAGAUGCCAGUUGCUACUAUAACGUGCUUUCAGUUUAGUUGAACAUAAAAAAAGCAAUCCCGAUUACGAAUCUGGCUUUAGAAGAUCGCUACAGCAGUCAGCAGCUUAAUAAGACGAACGGUUCGGGAAACAACUUUAAUUUUCCUUAUAUUUUAAAAUUUAUAUUUCAAAGUGAAUUAUGUGUUCUCGAAUUUCAAUCAGUGCAACGCAAAUUGGCAAUUCGGAUGUGACUUUUCAAACAAGCUUUUCUCCUAUUUGCUCCAUGCUUAAAUAUUUUUUUUUUCAAGAAUUCGCAAUCGUGUAGUAAUACCAUAACAAAAUUAUGCCUAUAAACCAUCCAUAGUAUGAAUGGAAAAAAAUAACUGUCAUAAUCAAUAAAGAGUCUAUGGACUUAUUUAUUUUUGUAAUUUAUGAACGGAUACAUAACCACAGAAUUCUAGCAUAUCUGUCCAGAUGUAGAGAUAUGUUGGUUUCACUGAAUUAAAAUUCAUUUAUUUAAAAAACAAUUUCUGACUUCUUACAGUGGCAAAUCAUGGCCUUCAGGAUACUUCACAGAAUUGCAAAGUUUGAGAUUAAUUGACUGCAAAAUAACACGUAAUUUCUUUGAUCAGGAAAAAAUAACACUUUAAUCUCUCUUAUUGUUAAGAGGUAUUCAACUUCCUUGCUUCGCACAUCCGUGACUGCCAAAACAAAACAGCACACUGGAAAUUCAUGUCAAUGAUGAUGAACAGCAUUUGUGUAAAAUGCACUAUUAGUUUUAUCUGUGAAAAACAUUCAAAGACACCGGCUCCCCAAUAUGUCACAUAUUAUUCACUAAUUGGCUGCAAAUGGUAGGUCUUUAGUUCAGAUUUUGGCCCCGUCUUACAAAGAGUUACGAUAGAUCCAAUCAAAUUCAACUGUAUGGAAAUCCAUCCAUUUUUUCUGCAGGAAAUUUGCACAAUCUCCUUAGUACACAAAGAGAAUCACACUGAAUUUCCAAGAGAAUGAUGAAUGUAUGCUUAUACAUCUAUCUAAAAAUUUUAGGUGUUUAUGUUGCUGGCCGUCCAUAGUUGUGGUUGAUCGGAUCAAUCGCUACUCUUGGUAAGACGGGGCCUAGAUGGUCUCAAUGAUGUUAAACCAUGAAUUUUCACAUGAACAGGGUAUUUUUAGUCCAUGACAUGCAUAUUUGUGAAAAAGGGUUUAUUUUAAAGUCAAACCAUACCUCUCAUGUGCAGAGUUAACCAGUGUUUCAUGGGGCUAAGUACCCAGAGGUAUAGAAGUGCUGUGGCUCAGUGGUUAAGUCUUCAUAUUUUGAACCCGAGGUCCGGGUAUAUAUCAAAUCCCACCGCAUUACUCGUUUCCUUUGCCAAGGCACUUAUCUCCAUUUGCCACUCUACAUCCAGGUGCCCGUAACUCAAAGCUUAGCAAUCAUCAUAGAAGAAUGUAUUAACUAUUGAUUGCAUUGACUGCAAUGUACAAUCAAUCGUGAAAAUUAAACGCAAUUAUCCUUUGUGUCCGGGACCCGGGUGUAUGGGUAGCCGUAUAUACUAGAGCUGGAUAAUAAUAAAUGCUAGUUGCAUAAUCAUUAUUA